AUGACGCGGAAGGCGGCGACUGCAGACAAGGGCAAGCAACACGUGUCGGGUGAGAAGAGAGGCCGGGACGUGGCUGUGAAAAACCCGCCUACCCCCACUUCGGAGCCGCCCGCCAAGAAGCGCUACAAGGCGCGCCUCCCCCGGUCCCUCAAGGAAAUCAGAAAGUUCCAGAGAUACGGCAGCCUUCUCAUUCGCCGCUUGCCUUUCAACCGUGUGAUUAGGGAAAUCACCAGCAAGGUCUCAGGGCGGGACGACAUUCGGUGGACCAUUGACACAGUCACCGCGCUUCAAACUGCUACAGAGGACUACUCAUCCAACGUCCUCGAAGACGCCAACUUUGCAGCUGUGCACGCCAAGCCGGUCACGUUGCAACCCAACUUAGGAAUUCAAGCUUGCACGGCGCAUUCGGGGAGAUACUCCCGGGGACAAGACGGAGGUGCUAAAGUCUGCGGUGAAGUACUCGCCGGCGGAAGAAGAGACUGCCGGCCGUGCGGAGUGGGACCCUCGCUUGAGGGAGUGGAUCCCGAACACUGGGUUCGUCCGCCCAAGGCAAAACGCACCGGUAGUGAAGCGCGGCGCAGGGCGGAAUACGACAGGCGCGUUAGGGAAUUUGAUAGGGUGGAGCGGGAGGCCCGGGGUGAGGAGGAGGAGGAGGCGGAGGAGGACGAGACGGCAGCUGCAGCGGAAAGGGUGAGGGUGCUCGAGGCGGCAUUGGAGGAGAAGGCAAGGAAGGAGGCGUUGAAAGACGCCCGGGCGCAUGAGAAGCUUGAAGCAGCGGAGAGGGCCCGGGAGCUGGCUGAGAACCGGGAGCCGGUGCGCAAGGAGCAGCACGCUGAGGGGGGGGGGGGAGAGGAAGUGGAGCUCGACGCGGCGCUCCUGGUGGCUGAGGGGCAGGAGGAGCUACUUGCCCAACAAGACCAGUAG